GGUUAUUCGUUGAAAUAAAACAAUAAGUUUACAAGUUUAUUGUUAUAACAUCAUAAUAUUUACCGAAUUUUCGACAAAAUGUCAGUCAUAGACAGGGUUAGAAUUCUAGUAUUAGGCGAUUCUGGCGUUGGUAAAACAUCUUUCGUUCAUUUGGCAGCUCAUAAUGAACCCCUUCGAUCACCUAGUUGGACUGUUGGCUGUUCAGUAGAUGUGAAGUUACACGAAUAUAAAGAGGGCAUGAAGGACCAAAAGACGUUUUUUGUUGAAUUUUGGGAUAUAGGGGGUAGUCAUUCACAUAGAAACGCACGGCCUGUAUUUUACAAUCCUUUUCAUGGUGCCAUACUAGUACAUGAUUUGACAAACCGAAAAUCGGAAAAAAAUUUACACAAAUGGGUUAGAGAAAUUAGUGUAAAUAGAAGGGAAAGAAAAGAUUCUAAUAGUGUAGCAAAUCCUGUUAUGCCAGCGUUAUUAGGCGACGAUUUCGACCAAGAAAGCUUUAUAGGAAAUACAUCAAUACCUUAUAUUGUAAUAGGAACCAAAUUGGAUCAGGUUGAUGAUCGCAAAACUCGUAUUGAACACAUGGCUAGCCAUUUAGGAUGUGAUGAAAUUUUAAUGGACUGUAGACAAACCCGAUAUUUAGCAGCAGGUACUUCUAAUGCUGUCAAAUUAUCAAGAUUUUAUGAUAAAGCUAUUGAAAUGAGAUCUAAGAGCCACAAAGAUUCAUUCACAGAAAGAUUUGGAGAUCCUAUUUCACCAAUUUUAUCUACAAAAUUUUAUUCCCCUCAUCAAGACUAGCUUAUAGUGAAAUAUUUAAAAUAACUCACAUUAGGUUACUACAAAAACUCAAAAUACAUGCAUGUUUUUGGAAAUCACAUGUCCAGUUAAUGAAAAAAAAAAUACUCUAAUUAUAAUGUGCUAGUAAAAACUUCAUAUUUAUAUUGUUUUGUAUAAUAUGUUAUGUAAUAGUAUAUAUAAAUAAAGUACAUUUGUUUAUUUAUUU